AUGGCACGAGGCAUCCUCCUGCUGGGGCUCCUCGCCCUGUGCGUGCAACUGCAGGCAGCACCCAUUGCAGAGUUCCAUGGAGUAGCUCCAGCUGGGUGGCCACCACCAGGGCAGCUGGGAAGUACCCUGACCCUUGAGCCUGAGAAAGAGCCCAGCAUGGUGCCUGACAAUGAUGAUGGUGACGGUGACAAUGACAACAACAGCUCCAGUAGCCAUGAAACUGGUGACUCCAAUAGCCAUGAAACUGAUGAGACCAAUAGCACUGAAACUGGUGAUGAUGGCAACAGUGCUGAUGACUAUGAUGGUGAUGGUGGUAAUAAAAAUCAGCUUUGUGAUGGCACUUUGUGA